AUGGGUGUUGCUCUUUUUUCACUUGUUAGGCUCUUUGUUCUCUGUUGUAUCACAUUGGGUCUCAUUCCUCAGCUAGCUCUUGCAAGCAUUACAAGACACUACACCUUUGAUGUUCAGCUGCAAAAUAUGACACGGUUGUGCCACACGAAGAGCAUUGUAACCAUAAACGGUCAAUUUCCCGGGCCUCGGAUUGUUGCUAGGGAGGGCGAUCACCUCCUCAUCAAAGUUGUCAACCAUGUCCAAAGCAACAUCUCCAUCCAUUGGCAUGGAAUUCGACAGCUUCAAACUGGGUGGGCUGAUGGUCCUGCAUACAUUACGCAAUGCCCUAUACAAACUGGCAACAGUUAUGUGUACAAUUUCACCAUUGUAGGCCAAAGAGGCACUCUUUGGUGGCAUGCUCACAUUUCAUGGCUAAGAUCAACAAUCUAUGGCCCCCUAAUCAUUCUUCCCAAGCGUGGUGUUCCUUAUCCAUUUACCAAACCCUAUAAGGAAGUUCCCAUCAUCUUUGGAGAAUGGUGGAAUGCAGAUACUGAAGCAGUCAUAAAGCAGGCCUUGCAAACCGGUGGAGGGCCAAAUGUUUCUGAUGCUUACACAAUCAAUGGACUCCCAGGGCCUUUGUAUAACUGCUCUGCUAAAGGUACAAAUCUGAACAAUACCAAUGUCAGCAAUGGCACAAAGUUAAUGGUGCUUCCCUUUAACACUAGUGUGGAGUUGGUGUUGCAGGAUACCAGUAUUCUUGGUGCUGAAAGUCAUCCUCUUCAUCUUCAUGGCUUUAAUUUCUUUGUUGUUGGUCAAGGUUUUGGCAACUUCGACCAAAAUAAGGACCCUAAGAAGUUCAAUCUGAUCGACCCUGUUGAGAGAAACACCGUGGGUGUGCCCUCCGGCGGAUGGGUUGCUAUUCGGUUUCUAGCAGACAAUCCAGGUGUAUGGUUUAUGCAUUGCCACCUUGAGAUCCAUACUAGCUGGGGAUUGAGGAUGGCUUGGCUUGUCUUGGACGGAAAGCUUCCCAAUCAAAAGUUGCUUCCUCCCCCACUUGAUCUUCCCAAGUGUUGA